CCUCAACCUCACCAGACAUCACACCAACUGCCCAUCAUGUCAAUCGAGGAAAUCGCCGACGACGUUCAGGACCUCAAUGUCAACGCCGGACCUACCUCGGAUGAGGAUGCCGGCUACGAUGGAGCUGACGUUGCCAUUCCUGCUUCUCUGAGCCACCGAGCUGAGCGCAAGAGCAGGAAGUCUCUUCAGGGCAUUGGACUCAAGAAGGUUGCCGGAAUCACCAGGGUGACCAUGAAGAGGCCUCGUGGACACCUCUACGUCAUUCAGAACCCCGAGGUGUACAAGUCUGCCAACUCUGACUGCUACAUCGUCUUCGGAGAAGCCAAGGCUGAGGACAUGUCCGCCGCUGCUCACGCCCAGGCCGCCCAGGCCCAGAUGGCCCAGCAGGAGGCUCAGGAGCGAAUGCUGUCCGAGCAGUUCGCCCAGAGUGUUGGUUCUGGAGCAGAGGGUGCUGCUGGCAAGCAAAAGGAGGAGGAGGAGGAAGAAGAUGAGAGCGAGCCCAUUGACGAGGAGGGUGUCGAUGCCAAGGACAUUGAGCUGGUUAUGCAGCAGGUCUCCUGCUCGCGCAGGAAGGCUGUCAAGGCCCUCAAGGAGAGCAACGGUGAUCUCAUCAACGCCAUCAUGAGUGCCUCCUAGAGUGUGUGACGCGAAGUAUAUCAUUUGUAUACAGAUCAGAGGUGAUGUGGGCGGCCGGUCAACGAAUUAAAUAGCUAGUUCAUCAGCGCCA